AGGUCGAUGAAUAAAAUACUCUCCUCACUCUGCACCCCAGUGUGUAGGAUCAACCUGGUUGAAGAUGACUCCACUGUUGGCCAUGAUAUGGUCUCUAUUUUACCCCUUCUCUGCUGUCUAUCCUUCCAGGCUAAAUUCUACUGGAGCCUGUUCUCUGAUGAACAGCAUUGAUCCGGAUUUCCAGGCUGAUGGAGACUUCAUCAUCGGAGGGAUUUUCCCCAUGCACUACAGAGUUCAGCCGCCAGACCAGGACUUCACUAACAAACCAUCUGCUCCACAAUGUUGGGGAUUUGACCCCAGAUCUUUCCGCUGGGCCCAGGCCAUGAGGCUGGCUGUUGAGGAGAUCAACCAGAGUCAGAACCUGUUGCCUAACUUCACUCUGGGAUACAAGAUCCAUGACUCCUGCACAACCCCUGUGACAGCACAGGCAGCAGUUCUGACAGUUCUGAAUGGACCAGUUGAAACCCACAGCAAAGACUGUUCUGGAACCUCUCCUCCUUUGGCCGUGGUUGGAGAAUCUGGUUCUGCACAGUCUAUUGUGCUCUCCAGAACACUGCAGCCCUUCAGAAUUCCAAUGAUCAGUUAUUUUUCAACAUGUUCAUGCUUGAGCAACAGGAAAGAAUUUCCAACAUUUUUCAGAGUUCUUCCAAAUGAUGACUAUCAGGUGAAAGCCAUUGCUCGCCUCCUGCAGAGAUUUGGCUGGAUGUGGAUUGGUGUCAUCCUUGAGGACCAUGACUACGGCCGAUUUGCUCUGCAGGGAUUGAUGCGGGAAAUAAAAAACACUGGUGUGUGUUUAGCAUACCAUGAAAUGAUCCCCAAAGUGUACAAUCGGGAAAGAAUACAGGAAAUCCUUAACAUUAUGAAACGCUCCACAGCAAGAGUUGUUGUGGUUUUUACUGGUGAAGGGGAGCUCUAUCCCUUAUUGAAAGAGUACAUGGAUCAGAACAUCACAGGCAUCCAGUGGAUUGCCAGUGAAGCCUGGGUAACAGCCUCAUUAUUCGCAGGCAGUGAGUUCUACCCAUUUCUAGGAGGUACCAUUGGGUUUGCCAUCCGGCAGGGGCAGAUUCCAGGUCUCAGAGACUACCUGAUGAAUGUAAACCCAUUGAAAUACCCCAGUAACCCCCUGGUAAACGAGCUGUGGGGUGCCUUGUAUGGUUGCUCUCUCUACCCCUCCAGUAGCAGGACCCAGGUCUCCUCCCAGCUGCCCCCCUGUUCAGGGCUGGAGCCCCUGCAGGAGCACCAAUCUGCCUACAUGAACACCUCCAGUCCUCGUGUUUCCUACAAUGUGUACAAAGCUGUGUACGCCAUCGCUUACUCCCUGCACAACCUCAUCAGCUGUAGGCCUGGGAAAGGGCCCUUCCACAACUCCUCAUGUGCUGAUGCCACAAACAUUCACCCAUGGCAGCUCCAGCACUAUCUUCAGGAGGUCUCUUUUAGUAUUUCUGGAGAGGAGGUGAAUUUUGAUGCAAAUGGAGAUGUAGUUCCAUCAUAUGAUGUGAUCAACUGGCAAAGAGGUGCAUCUGGAAAUACUGAGUUUGUCAAUGUGGGAAGGUUUGAUGGUGCAAAGGAGGCUGGGAAGGAGCUAUUCAUCCAAGAGGAGGCGAUCGUGUGGACAGGCCACCAGAGAGAGGCAAGCUGCACACAGUGUGUAUUUCAGUUCAUGCGAUGCCAUCUUUUGAAGUUCUGUAGAGUAAAGUGGAGGUGUUGGUGUCUGUGUGCAGUGAGAGCUGUGCUCCAGGAAGCAGGAAGGCUGUCCGGCGUGGGGAGCCUCUGUGCUGCUUUGAUUGUUCACCAUGUGACAGCGGGAAGAUUAGUAAUAAGACAGGUGAAAAAUCCACUCUUCACUUUUCAAUUCAUUAUUAGUAUUUUUUGUCUAAAUUAUGUUUGUUUGUAUGCCUCUUUCUCUUUAGAUUCAAUAGACUGCACAUCUUGUCCUGAAGAUUACUGGUCUAAUUCAGCCAGAACUGAAUGCAUACCCAAAGCAAUUGAGUACCUUUCCCAUGAUGCAAUGGGACUGACCCUGACUGCGAUAGCUGUAGUGGGAGCCUGCCUCACCGUUGCUGUUUUGGCAGUAUUCCUCUACCACAGGAACACUCCGAUUGUCAAAGUCAACAACUCAGAGCUGAGCUUCUUCAUCCUGCUCUCUCUGACUCUGUGUUUCCUGUGUGCACUGGUGUUCAUUGGAGAGCCUACAUCAUGGUCCUGCAUGCUGCGCCAUACUGCCUUCAGCAUCACUUUCUCACUCUGCAUCUCCUGUAUCCUGGGGAAGACUCUGGUGGUGCUGGCUGCCUUUACAGCCACCAGGCCUGGAAACAACCUCAUGAAAUGGCUGGGACCCAAACAGCAGAGAUUCAUCAUCUCUGCCUGCACCUUUAUACAAGUGAUAAUCUGUGCAGUGUGGCUAAUCACUGCUCCUCCUUUCCCAAAUAAAAACAGUCAGUACCACCGGUCCAGAAUAAUCCUGGAGUGUAGUGUGGGUUCUGAACAGGCCUUCUGGUGUGUUCUGGGAUACAUUGGUCUCCUGGCUGCUCUGUGUUUUAUUCUAGCCUUUCUGGCCAGGAAGCUGCCAGGCAAUUUUAAUGAGGCCAAAUACAUCACCUUCAGCAUGCUGAUCUUCUGUGCAGUGUGGCUCGCCUUUGUACCCGCUUAUGUCAGCUCACCAGGAAAGUUCACUGUAGCUGUGGAGAUCUUUGCAAUUCUAGCAUCUAGUUUUGGACUACUGCUAUGCUUGUUCGCUCCAAAAUGUUAUAUCAUUUUACUGAAACCUGAGAAAAACACAAAGCAACAUUUGAUGGGAAGGGUUCUUGAAGUUCCACUGGUUACCACGCAGUCCCUGCUGCACCCUGUAGCUGGAGAGCUGUUAGGACCAAACACAAAACAGCUGCGCCACGCCCCCAACUCCCGCGACCGGCGAAUCGGCUUAGGCCCCGAUCUGAAUGUGCACCCAGACUCCAAUAACCAAUCCCCCAGUGAAUCAGGCACAGCCUGUGUGGGAUCAGCCCGUUUGAAGAUGACUCCUUUGCAGGUGAUGAUGUGGUCCCUAGUUUACCCCUUCUCAGCUAUGACUCCUGUCAGCCCAACCCCUGCUCCAGUCUGUUCUUUGCAGGGCAACUUUGAACCAGAUUUUCAGGUUGAUGGAGACUUCAUCAUCGGCGGGAUUUUCCCGAUGCACUACAGGGUUCAGCCGCCUGAAAAGAAUUUCACUUACAAACCAGCUGCUCCACAAUGUUGGGGAUUUGACCCCAGAUCUUUCCGCUGGGCCCAGACCAUGAGGCUGGCUGUUGAGGAGAUCAACCAGAGUCAGAACCUGUUGCCUAAUUUCACUCUGGGAUACAAGAUCCAUGACUCCUGCACAACCCCUGUGACAGCUCAGGCAGCAGUUCUGGCGGCUCUGAAUGGACCGAGGAAAUCCUCCAGCGCCGUGUGUUCUGCCACAUCUCAUAUUUUGGCUGUGGUUGGAGAAUCUGGGUCUGCACAGUCUAUUGUUCUCUCCAGAACUCUGCAGCCCUUUAGAAUUCCAAUGAUAAGUUAUUUUUCAACAUGUUCCUGUCUCAGCAACAAGAACGAAUUCCCAACAUUUUUCAGAGUUGUUCCAAAUGAUGACUACCAGGUGAAAGCCAUUGCUCGCCUCCUGCAGAGAUUUAGUUGGACGUGGGUUGGCGUUGUCCUUGAGGACCAUGACUAUGGAAGAUUUGCUCUACAGGGAUUGAUGAGAGAAAUAAAAAACACUGGUGUGUGUUUGGCAUACCAUGAAAUGAUCCCCAAAGUGUACAAUCGGGAAAGAAUACAGGAAGUCCUUAACAUUAUUAAACACUCCACAGCAAGGGUUGUUGUGGUCUUUGCUGUUGAGGGGGAGCUCUACCCCUUAUUGAAAGAGUACAUGGAUCAGAACAUCACAGGGAUCCAGUGGAUUGCCAGUGAAGCCUGGGUAACAGCAUCAGUAUUCACAGGCAGUGAGUUCUACCCAUUUCUAGGAGGUACCAUUGGGUUUGCCAUCCGGCAGGGGCAGAUUCCAGGUCUCAGAGACUACUUGAUGAGUGUAAACCCAUUGAAGUACCCCAGUAACCCCCUGGUGCACGAGCUGUGGGGUGCCUUGUACAGUUGCUCUCUCUACCCCUCCAGUAGCAGGACCCAGGCAUCCUCCCAGCUGCCCCCCUGUUCAGGGCUGGAGCCCUUGCAGGAGCAGCACUCUGCCUACCUGAACACCUCCAGCCCUCGUGUUUCCUACAAUGUGUACAAAGCCGUGUAUGCCAUCGCUCACUCCCUGCACAACCUCAUCAGCUGUAAGCCUGGGAAAGGGCCCUUCCACAACUCCUCAUGUGCUGAUGCCACAAACAUUCAACCAUGGCAGCUCCAGCAUUAUCUUAAGGAGGUCUCCUUCACUAUUUCUGGAGAGGAGGUGAAUUUUGAUGCAAAUGGGGAUAUAGUUCCAUCAUAUGAUGUGAUCAACUGGCAAAGAGGUGCAGCCAGAAAUAUUGAGUUUGUCAAUGUGGGAAGGUUUGAUGGUGCAAAGGAAGCUGGGCUGGAUCUCGUCAUCCAGGAGGAGGCGAUCGUGUGGACAGGCCACCAGAGAGAGGUGUUGGUGUCUGUGUGCAGUGAGAGCUGUGCUCCAGGAAGCAGGAAGGCUGUCCGUCGUGGGGAGCCUCUGUGCUGCUUUGAUUGUGUACCAUGUGACAGCGGGAAGAUUAGUAAUAAGACAGAUUCAAUAGAUUGCAUAUCUUGUCCUGAGGAUUACUGGUCUAAUACAGCCAGAACUGAAUGCAUACCCAAAGUGAUUGAGUACCUCUCCCAUGAUGCAAUGGGACUGACCCUGACUGUCAUAGCUGUAGUCGGAGCCUGCCUCACCAUUGCUGUUCUGGCAGUAUUCCUCUAUCACAGGAACACUCCGAUUGUCAAAGUCAACAACUCAGAGCUGAGCUUCUUCAUCCUGCUCUCUCUGACUCUGUGUUUCCUGUGUGCGCUGGUCUUCAUUGGAGAGCCUACAUCAUGGUCCUGUAUGCUGCGCCAUACUGCCUUCAGCAUCACUUUCUCACUCUGCAUCUCCUGUAUCCUGGGGAAGACUCUGGUGGUGCUGGCUGCUUUUACAGCCACCAGGCCUGGAAACAACAUCAUGAAAUGGCUGGGACCCAAACAGCAGAGAUUCAUCAUCUCUGCCUGCACCUUUAUACAAGUGAUAAUCUGUGCAGUGUGGCUGAUCACUGCUCCUCCUUUCCCAAAUAAAAACACCCAGUACCACCGGUCCAGAAUAAUCCUGGAGUGCAGUGUGGGUUCUGAACAGGCCUUCUGGUGUGUUCUGGGAUACAUUGGUCUCCUGGCUGCUCUGUGUUUUAUUCUGGCCUUUCUGGCCAGGAAGUUGCCAGGCAAUUUUAAUGAGGCCAAAUACAUCACCUUCAGCAUGCUGAUCUUCUGUGCAGUGUGGCUCGCCUUUGUGCCAGCUUAUGUCAGCUCACCUGGAAAGUUCACUGUAGCUGUGGAGAUAUUUGCAAUUCUAGCAUCUAGUUUUGGCCUACUACUUUGCUUAUUUGCUCCAAAAUGUUACAUAAUUUUACUGAACCCUGAGAAAAACACAAAACAACAUUUGAUGGGAAGAGUUGUUACCAAAUAAA